AUGCAGCAGAAGCGCAACAUUCAGAUCAUAGAAUGGGAGGACUUGGACAAACGCAAGUUCUACUCAUUUGGAGUCUUCAUGACCAUGGCCAUCCGCACAACGGUCUACCCGGCCACGCUGAUCCGCACCAGGCUGCAGGUUCAGAAGGGGAAGUCUCUCUACACUGGGACCUACGAUGCCUUCCGUAAGAUUCUGAGAGCUGAGGGUCUGAGAGGACUUUACAGGGGCUUCAUGGUGACCACAUUCACGCUCAUAUCAGGGCAGGCGUACAUAACCACUUACGAACUGGUAAGGAAAUAUGUUUCCAACUAUUCUAAAGACAAUACGCUGAAGUCAUUAGUUGCGGGAGGCUCGGCGUCACUGGUGGCCCAGAGCAUUACUGUUCCCAUAGAUGUCAUAUCGCAGCAGCUUAUGAUGCAAGGCCAAGGGGAGCAUCUGACCCGCUUUAAAGUGAAAACCAUAAUGGGAGCAACGCGCACUGUAUUUUUCGGCCAGACGAGAGACAUUAUUGGGCAGAUAUUUGCUGUGGAUGGCAUUCGUGGCUUCUAUCGAGGAUAUGUGGCGUCUCUCCUCACAUACAUCCCCAACAGUGCCGUUUGGUGGCCAUUUUACCACUUCUAUGCAGAACAGUUGUCUAAGAUGGCUCCCAGUAACUGCCCACAUCUAGUGCUGCAGGCAAUGGCUGGACCUCUGGCAGCUGCUACUGCCUCCACUGUCACCAACCCCAUGGAUAUCGUCAGGGCCCGGGUUCAGGUGGAGGGCAGGACAUCAGUCAUUGAGACCUUCAACCAGCUGAUCAGAGAGGAGGGAUUCUGGGGGAUGACCAAAGGCCUCUCUGCUCGCAUCAUAGCCUCAGCGCCCACUGCAAUAGUCAUGGUAGUCGGUUAUGAAACUCUCAAAAAGCUCAGCUUGCGCCCAGAGCUGGUUGACUCCCGACAUUGUGUGACAGUGCUGAUUGCUUUUGGGUGA